CAGACAUAUAUUUUGGGAAAAAUCCACAUAGGGGACAUCUAAGAAUCCAUUGUCAAUGAAAUUGGGUUGGAGAAUUAAAAUUUGAAAGUGACGUUUCUUUUAGUUUGCCAAACGUAAUAUUGUCAGUUUAAGGCUUUUUUUUCUUACAAUGCUACCUUGUGAAACCAACACGGUAAAUUACUGCAAUUAACCUUUGAUAAAGAUGAUUAUUCGCAUAAUUAGUGGGUCUUAAAUUUCAAUGCGAAUAUAUCAUGGAAAAGUUGAAUUGAAAAGUGAAAACGUUUUCCUCUCUCUCCUUUCCUUCUUUUAAUAGGUUCCAAACCAACCAACCCAAUUUCUCAGCUGCCUUUUCCUCAAGCUUCUCCCCUCUUAAAACCCACCAAACACAGGCUCAUUUAUUUUCAUCGGCAAUUGUUCUCCAUUUCUGUUGAUUUGGUCCUGUAUGCCAGUAUAAGAUCUACAAAAGCUUCCCAUCUUUUUCAUCUGGUUAUCGUUUGGUAACUGAUCGGGCGUAGCUUUUUCUCCUCUGAUCUGGUCUUCGGAGAGAGCAGAGCUACUUUACUUUCCUUUUUUCCUUCUUGUGCGGCUUUUGGAUCCAAUUCAGAGCCAGAUUUGGGAGGUAGUCGAUCAUUUCCAAUCACUAUGAUCUGCUCUCUCAAACACUCUGCUCUAUCUCCCACGAUCAAUGGAUCUGAUCCGGUUGUCCGCCGGAAUACGCAGUUGGCGGCGGGGAAAGCCUUCUUCUUGUCACCCCUUGGUGCGCCCAAGGGUUUGAAAGGCUCUCUUUUGGUGUCCACGAAGCCUUUGCAUCUCACCUCAAUUGAGGCUUUUUCAUCACCCAAGGAGAGGAAUGCGCCGCCGCCGCGGUCAAUCGUGUGCAAGGCUUAUGAAGCGGAGCCGGUUGACGCUGGGGAAGCGAAACCGGAGGCUGCGAGGAAGGCGAAGAUCGGAGUUUAUUUUGCGACCUGGUGGGCUUUGAAUGUCGUUUUCAAUAUCUACAACAAGAAAGUGUUGAAUGCGUUUCCCUACCCGUGGCUGACGUCCACGCUGUCGCUUGCUUGUGGGUCUCUUAUGAUGUUGAUUUCCUGGGCUACGAGGAUUACACCGGCUCCCAAGACUGAUUUCGAAUUCUGGAAGACUCUGCUCCCUGUUGCAGUGGCACAUACAAUUGGGCACGUUGCUGCAACAGUGAGUAUGUCUAAGGUUGCCGUUUCAUUCACUCACAUCAUCAAGAGUGGUGAGCCAGCAUUCAGUGUCUUGGUCUCUAGAUUCAUCCUGGGGGAGUCUUUCCCUGCCGGAGUUUACUUGUCCCUCCUCCCAAUUAUUGGUGGUUGUGCUCUUGCUGCUGUCACCGAGCUCAACUUUAACAUGACAGGUUUUAUGGGGGCCAUGAUCUCCAACUUGGCGUUUGUAUUUAGGAACAUAUUUUCGAAGAAGGGUAUGAAGGGAAAGUCGGUCAGUGGAAUGAACUACUACGCUUGUCUCUCUAUGUUGUCCUUGUUGAUCCUCACACCUUUCGCCAUUGCUGUUGAGGGGCCACAGAUGUGGGCUGCUGGGUGGCAAAACGCCCUUUCUCAGAUUGGACCCAACUUCGUCUGGUGGGUAGCCGCACAAAGUGUGUUCUAUCAUCUUUACAACCAGGUUUCGUACAUGUCGUUGGAUGAGAUCUCUCCCUUGACGUUUAGCAUUGGGAACACCAUGAAACGGAUAUCCGUCAUCGUUUCCUCGAUCAUCAUCUUCCGCACACCUGUCCAGCCCGUCAAUGCUUUGGGAGCUGCCAUCGCCGUCCUUGGAACCUUCUUGUAUUCCCAGGUAGCCCCCCCCCCCCCCCCCCCCCCCCCCCCCCUCCCUCCCUCACCUCUCUUCUCAAAUAGUUCCUAAAUAUUUCUAGUUGUUCCAAUCGAAAUUAACAUAUUGAACCUGUACGAUUGAGAAUAAAUAUGUGCCGUAAUCUUCAUUCUCAUUUUGUUUGCUCUUGUUAUGAGGAAGAUUGGGUAGUGUUGGAAGUUGGAACAUAAACAUUGAGCUAGGUUCUGAAUAGCAGGGUAAAAAACAAUUUGCCAGAGACCUAAGGCCUCAAACCUCCACGUACUCUGUUGGUGUUUAUAGAAAUUAAUUAUGAUUACUUAAUUUGAAUUGUAUCGAGUUGGCUUGUCAUGGAUUAAACAAUCCCAAGUGUGGCCCCUCGCAUUGUGCAUUACCUCCUAAUGGAAAACAUUUUAAAAAUGGUUUCUUCAAGUGUAUGUAUUUUUAAAAUUUCCAUUAUCUACAAUUCCAUACCAAACAAAGUCUAGUCUAAAUGUUAGGUGAGAUCUAAGAUCCUUAAGCAAAUUGCUGGAGGUAGGAUUUUUAGGAGUGGGUUAUCAGCGUCAUGUGAUGUGAGGAACCAUGUUAUUUACUUGCCUUAUUAAUCUUGUGCUGAAGGUGGGAUGUUUCUUUCUUGGCUUGUUAUUAUCAUUAUUAUUCAAAUUCUCAUAUUAGCUCUCAACUCACCCAACUGAAGGGUUGGUGUGAUGAUGAGAUAGGCGACUUUUAGUGUGCUUCAGGGGUCAAAAUCACAGGUAAAGCAAUAGAUUGAUGCUCAACUAACUUUGUUCUAAGAAUAUGCUAUCUUAUUCUCUUUCCCUUAAUCUGAAGUCAAAAGAUUGACUUGGUAUAAGCAAAAAUCUAAAGCAUCAUGUGGGAAUAUGCUCUUUGUUUGCUAAAACAACCUAUUUUAAAGCUAUGAUGGUUGGGCUUAUGGGAAGUUUGGUUUUGUUUGUGGAUGCAGGCUAAGCAAUGAUCUAGAAGUGGGGAAAAAUAAGAAAGGAAGAGGUGUCUAAAAGCAAUUCUUGUUGGUUUUGUUAGGGUUUGGUUAAGCAAAGGUGGAAUGUGGAUGAUGAUAUAAAUGAAAAAAAAUGGUUUAGUGUCAAAGAGGAUGGUCUGUGAAAUGCAGACAACAGAGACGAUGAGUACUGGUUCUUUUUGUUUUUGCUAUACAUUUGUUGUUUUGUAGAUAAUAAGGUGAAAUAGUUAAGAGUGGGAGAAAAGAAAAGACGUAGGAAUGAUGAUAAUAAUGUUGUGCCUCAUUAACAAUAGCAGCAACAAGAAGCUGCCUGCGGGAGGGCGAGUAAUCUUCUUCAAAUUUUUUCCAUAGCUUGUUUUGCUGAACGGAGUUUGAGUUGCUUUGUGUUCUAAUUUAACUUCUUCAAUUUUUUUCCAUAGCUUGCUUUGCUAAACGGAGUUUGAGUUGCUUUGUGUUCUAAUUUUACAUUUUUUGACGGAAUAAAACCGGGAGAGCCACGAAAUCCCGAAGUCCGCAUUGCGUUUCAACUACUGCUUGCUUUAAUCAACACAAAUAUAUCGAACGGUUCACUUUUUACGUAACAUAAAUAUAGAAAUAUCAAAACUUUCAAUAUUAGUCGUUUCAUAUUAUUUAGUCCACUUACAAUUGCCUUUGCAAUUUGUUUUUGUUCGCGCAAGAUGAUGUUUAAAACUAAAUAUGUAAGCAACGAACAUUUUGGAGUAAAAAUUGCAUUAGAAC